UUGGCUCCUUUCAUAUCGCGUAAUGCAGCAAGAAUAUACAGCGCGCAUAACACUGCGAUGGUCAAACGUUCGUUGACAUUUUAUUAAAGUAUGUGCAGCUCUCCGGUCAUUAAUGAGGGCACCAUUGAGGAAAUAAUCUUCGGUCACGCCUGACCAACAUGGCAGUCAACGUGUUAAAAACUCUCGCAGAAAACGCAACCGUAGCAGCAACAACAGUAGUGGCAACAACGGCAUAUUCAAUUCGCAUUGGUGCAACAAUGUCUGAAAUGCAAAAUGGUUUGAACGCAAUGGCGAUGUCACAACUGCUGUAUCGACUGCAGCAAGGACCAGGGCUAACGGGAUUGACAUCUUAUAAUGCCGCCGUCGCCGGAUAUCCGUGGAUCAACGCUCAAGCGGAACUUCUUGCCAAGCAACAUCUUGCCCUUCAGCAGCAGCAGGCAGCAGCAGCGAUGAAUACUAUGGCAGAAUCGCAGAAAAAAACACGCACGCGUAUCACCAACGAGCAAUUCAAGAUCUUGCGGGCGCAUUUUGACUUAAACAAUUCACCUGAGGAGAGACAGAUUUUAUUGAUAGCUGCUCAGAGCGGUCUGCCGCCGAAAGUUAUCAAACAUUGGUUCCGCAAUACGCUGUUCAAAGAGCGGCAGCGCAAUAAAGACAGCCCGUACAACUUCAACAAUCCGCCGAACACCACUCUGAAUCUCGAGGAACACGAGAAGACUGACGAGGCGGAGGGAAAUCCGUUGAACUCGAGCGUGUCGGACGGCAGUUCCUCCGAGGACAAAAGUUCGAACGAACAUGCCUCACCGCCGCCGUCGAUGUCGAACGCGAGUACAUCGCAGCAGCUGCAACAACAGCAGCAACAGCCGGCCGAGCAGGGGGCAUCUGAGCAAGCGCAGCGCCAACAGCAACAGUCGCAGCAUCAAGAGGAGCAGCAACAUCAUUCGCCUAGCAGCUCAGGCGUCCAACAAUCGCAACCGUACUCGUCCGCCCUCAACAUGAGCUCCGUCUUCUCCGGCAUUCACCACGACGUCUCCUCCCACGCUCCGUCGACCAUCCCGACUACCUCGAUAUUACUUCAGCCUAAACCAACGCUCCAAAAUAUAACAAAUUUAACACCGGACACAUAUGGCGUAGUACUGAACACGAUCGCCACUAUGACGCUUGCGCCGCCGCACGUGUCUCUCGGUUCGGGCCAUCAGCUGACAGAUUAUUCUUUCAUCGACAAUAGCAACGGCAACAACUCCAGUAUCAACCACACGGGAUUCACCGAAUACCAAAUCAAAGUCCUGCAAGAAUUUUUCAAGAAUAACGCGUAUCCGAAGGACAGCGACCUGGAGUACCUGAGCAAAGUGCUGAGCCUGAGUCCACACGUGAUCGUGGUGUGGUUUCAGAAUGCUCGGCAAAACGUACGCAAGGUUCACAAAAGUCCACCCGAGCUCGCAACACCGGUAUUUUUGCAUCAUGUUAAUACUCAGCAGGAACAAAAGCAACAUCCGUAUGUCACAGCAAUAGGUGAAGCAAUGAAGAAAGUACCAGGUGAACAAAAAUUGGCUUGUUUCAUGUCGGUCAUGCAAGUAAUUUCAACUUUUACAUAAUUUCCGAAUAGGUGAGAUCGUGACGAGCAAAAUAGUCUUAGAUGCUCUGUGUCUUUCAAUAUAAUACAAAAGUAGUUUAAUGUCAUUGUAACGAUGCAUCCCCCCCGGAAAACACUGCGGCCGAACGACCAUCCGUCGGUCGCAAAACGGUGCUCAGCGCCACAUAAACAAUUGCCACGCGCGGUGCAGACGUCCGACACAUGUACGCGUUGGCAACAACAAUGUUGAAAAACUGUGCAAAUUACUUGCAUGAUCGACGUGAAACAAGUCAAUUUUUGUAUAUCUGGUACUUUCUUCAUUGUUUCAUCUAUUGCUGAUUUACGGAUGUUGCUUUGUUCCUGCUGAGUAUUAACCCUUUGCACUCCGGGCCUUUUUCGCGCGACGCAUCAGCAACUCCAGACGUUUCGCAGUUCUUUUGACGCAUUUCUUACCAGUGACUUAAAAUCAUUACACACACAAAUUAAUGUAUAAAAUUUUUAUAUUUUAACAUUUUAUAUAUCUCUACGCCUUUACAAAUAUAAUUUCUUAAAUAUUAGUCUCUAUAAUUUUUCUGUGUGUGAUAUUUCAUGAAACAAUUCCCUAGAUGCAUGCCCGGCUUGUCGGAGCAAGUAUUACAAUAAUAUGUGGACUGAUGCCUUUUUCCGGGUUUAUUCCUCUCAGAACAGACUUUGCAGUCCUUCCUAACUCCUGUUAGAAUAUUGUGGAGCUUACCAUUCAAACAGAUAUUUUCGGAAUCCGAGGUUGAAGUCGAGGCUCGAUCGUGUGGUUGGCGAAAAUCUCCAGUCAAUUGGUGGACUAAUGUUUUCAAAUAUUUCAAAUGAUUAAGCGGCUGUUCGCUUUUCUGCUGUUUAGUGGCUUUAUAUAAAAUAUAUGAAUUUAUUAGACAAAUUUCCAAGCCCCAAAAAACAUUUACCCGUGUCGAAGAAACUAAACGUAAACAGUUACUGCC